CCGUGCUCACUGGGACACCGACUGAGGAGGGGAGACGGGUUCAGGGACGGACCUGCUUCCGGUUAUCAGUUUCCAUGGUGGCGGAAGCCGGCAGAGAUGCAGAUAACCAUCCGACACACAAAGCCACUACUGCAGCUGACACUGGCUGUAAUCAAACCUGAUGGAGUGGCACAUCCACUGAUCCUGCAGGCAGUCCAUCAGAGGAUUCUGGACAACAGCUUUAUCAUCGUAAUGCAGAAGUACUUAAAAUGGAGCCAGGAGGAGUCUCGAAGGUUUUAUGCAGAACAUUCAGGUAGAUUCUUCUAUCAGCGAGUGGUGGAGUUCAUGGCCAGUGGGCCCAUGAGAGCAUACAUUCUGGCUCACGAGGACGCAGUGACUCGCUGGCGGCAGCUGAUGGGGCCCACCAGGGUGUUCCGCGCACGCUACUCUGCCCCCCACUCGAUCCGUGGAGACUUGGGGUUGACAGACACCAGGAACACCACACAUGGCUCAGACUCGCCUGAGUCGGCGGCGAGAGAAAUCUCCUUCUUCUUCCCCGAGUUCCAGCAGCAGCAGUGGCUGAGCACGGAGGAGGAGCUGUAUCGUCAGGGUCACUACUACUACCACCCACACCAGCAAGUUCACCUGAUCCGUGCCCCGCAGACACCCUUGGUCUGGGGACAAGGGCAAUGACCACAAACCGGCAUGGAGCGAGGGAGCUGAGGGGAACAGACCAGGCUCUGGGGCCUGGGAACUGAUUGGGGUCAGGGGUGACAGGCACUGACUACAGGCAGGGGUCGGGGGUGGUGGGGACUGACCACAGACUAGGGUCAAAGGUCAGAGACACCGACCACAGGCCAGGGUCAGGGGUGAGAGACACUGACUACAGGUCGGUGUCAAGGAUGGCAAGCAGUGACACAGGUUGGGGUCAGGGGUGAUGAUUGAGAAAGAGUUGCAGCAGUCCCUGCAACUCCAAGCACUGUCAUUUAUAAACCAGCUUCCUGUCAGAAGGAGACACAUUUGUAUGUUACAGUUAGAAGCCUCUGACCUUUCUCUCAGAGACGGAACACUUCCAGAGUUGACCUACUCACUGUGAUCACUUUGUUUUUACGACUUAAAUGGUCAAUUAAAUAUUUAUCUAUUUUUAUUAAA